AUGGUCGAGAUUAUGGCAAUACGCUUCGAACAGCAUCCCUCAGGACUAGGCGUAAAUUGCUCUUUGCCUCGCAUCUCCUGGACCUUCUCCGCUGUCGAUGAGUCCAUUUCCGACUGGACGCAGUCCCAGUAUGAGAUUUCCGUGCGCCAUGAAGCUGGAUCUCCAUCUAACUUCAGUAUUAAAAGUCCCAAUUCAUCAAUGGUCCCUUGGCCGAGCACGCCACUGCUGUCGCGAGAACAAGCCCAGGUGCGAGUUCGAGUGUAUGGUAGCUGGAAGGAUAGGCCAAACAGUGGCACACAUUCGGAUUGGUCUGCCUGGUCGUCUUGGGCAGUAGUGGAAUGCAGUCUUCUUAGUCCGCAGGAUUGGACUGCAAUACCUAUUUCCAGCCCAUCCGUUCCAAUGAGCCACAAAGACGAACCACUGAGGCCUUUACUUUUUCGAAAGGAAUUUGUGUUGCCUGGCGGGGUUAGCUCUGUGCGACGGGCCCGACUAUAUAUUACGGCGUUUGGGGUCUACCGGGCGUAUCUCAAUGGUUCACGAAUCGGGGAUCAUGAAAUGGCGCCUGGAUGGACAAGUUACCACAAUCGACUUGCAUAUCAAGUUUUUGACGUCGAUUCAUUGGUAUACCAACAUGGCAGUAACGUGCUGAGUGUCGAGGUCGCCGAAGGCUGGUAUGCGGGCCGUCUGGGCUUUGGCGGUGGCAAACGGCAUAUAUACGGAGAUCGGAUGGCAGUCAUGGCUCAGUUGGAGGUAGGUGGGCUCGCAGGUGGACGAUUCCAGGUGGUGUCAGAUACCAGCUGGAAGUGCCACCCAAGUCCCAUUGUGAAGAGUGAAAUCUACAACGGCGAGUUGUAUGAUGCGCGGGCGGAAGUCGCCGACUGGCACCAACAUGGCCCUCGUUAUUGUGACACCGACUGGGAGGACGUCUCCGUUUUGGACUUUCCCCGGGCAAGAUUAUACGCUCCAAACGCGCCCCCAGCACGAACAACGGAGAUAUUGACCCCCCGGAAGAUAAUUACCACCCCAUCCGGCCGUAAUAUCCUCGACUUUGGCCAGAAUCUGGUUGGAAAGCUUCUAAUACAUUCGAUGACCCUCCCAUUGAACGCAACGGUGAGCUUCACUCACGCUGAGGUCAUGGACGACAACGGUGAAUUGGGAACACGACCCCUUCGUGGUGCGCAAUGCGUCGAUACGAUUAUCUCAUCCGGGCAGUCGUUUAUUGAUUGGUCUCCGAAAUUCACAUUCCACGGUUUUCGAUUCGUGCAAGUCGAUGGAUGGGACCCUCGGACGGAGCCGUCCUGGCAGAGCAACAUUCGGGCGCUGGUAAUUCAUACCGACUUCAAGCGGACGGGGCGAUUUGAGUGUUCUAACCCGGCCAUCAAUCAAUUACAUCAAAACGCCUGCUGGAGUAUGCGUGGGAACUUUUUAUCCAUCCCCACAGAUUGCCCCCAGCGAGACGAACGAUUGGGUUGGACGGGAGACAUCCAGGUUUUCGGCCCAUCUGCGACAUUCCUUUAUGACUCCAUUAGCAUGCUUUCAGAGUGGAUGGAAGAUGUGGCUUGCGAGCAAUCAGAUCACCACGGCGUUCCCCCUCUGGUUGUACCCAAUAUUCUAGACCACGUGUGGCCAUCCAUUCCCCAAGCUCUGUGGGGCGAUGUGGUGAUAAUACUUCCCUGGAUACUAUAUCAAUCAUCGGGUGAUGCCGAUAUUUUACGUCGACAGUAUCCCAGUAUGACCUUGUGGCUAAAUGAGGGAGUAUGUCGAGGCGAAGACGGACUAUGGGAUCCUGAGUUAUGGCAAUUGGGUGACUGGCUCGACCCCCAAGCGCCGCCCGACGAGCCUGGUGAUUGCCGAACGAGCGGCACGCUAGUAGCAGACGCAUACCUUGUGCACGUCACAUCUCUUAUGGCUAAGAUUGCCUCGAUCCUCGAGCGAGAGACAGAUAUUACACAUUACAGCUGCAAAGCUAAGCGUCUCCGUGCCCUUUUCCAAGACAAGUACAUUACGCUAUCCGGCCUCAUAGUCGGGGACUCCCAAACAGCCUACUCCUUGGCAAUCGUCUUCGGGCUCUUAUCCACACAGCAGCAGCUGGCCACGGCGAGGUAUCAACUUGCUAUGCGUGUCCGAAUGGCAAAGUUUCGCGUAGCAACCGGGUUUGCCGGUACCCCUCUGGUUUUGAGGGCUCUCAACGAUACCGGGAAUCUUUCUUUGGCCUACCGGAUGCUCCUCGAAGACCGCUGCCCAUCAUGGCUGUACCCUAUCUCUAUGGGCGCUACCACCAUCUGGGAACGCUGGGACAGUAUGCUGCCAAACGGUUCUAUCAACCCAGGUGAAAUGACUUCUUUCAAUCAUUACGCCCUGGGCUCUGUUGUCAAUUGGCUUCAUGAGACUGUGGGCGGGUUGCGGCCGCUUGAACCUGGUUGGAAGACUGCAUUGGUGUUUCCUCAGCCAGGAGGCUCUUUAACGCACUCUGCAGUGUCGUAUGAGAGUAUCUACGGCAGGUGGAGCUGCCAGUGGAGCAUCGGUCACGAUACCGAUCGAGACGGAGCACUGAAAUUCUGUUUGGAUCUGACAGUCCCACCAAACUGCCAAGCAGUGGUCAAGGUCAAGGGCGCUAAAGAUGGUUCCAACAAUCUGGAGGAGAAUGUGGGAUCUGGAAAGCAUCAGUGGAGCAUCCCCUUAUAUCCUUUGCCAUGGCCGCCCCAGGCGACUGCACCAUUCAUAACAAAUCCAGGGCAAGGUGUGAAAUAG